AUGUCGGUCCUUUUCACAAGCAUCUCCGAGGGUAAUCCUGUUAAACCUGGCGAUGCUGAAGCCCUGAUUCAGCCUCUGGGUCUUACCAUCGAUCCUAAAGAGUCGAGCGAUUUCCAGACCCUCCUCGCGGCGGUCCACGAUUGCGCAGAGGAUGUGGCUGCACUACCCGACUAUCAGCCAGUGUCUGACACGGCGAAAUAUCCGCGUGAAAAUGUCCGUCGGUGUGGAGAAGAAGAGCAGGUCUUUGGACAGGCAUGGUCGCAUAAGUUCCUCAUCAGGGGAAAUCCGCAAGGCGGCGUGAUGGCGGGUAAAUCCGUGAGCUUGAAGGAUGUAAUUGCUGUGGCCGGAGUGCCACAACUUCUUGGAAGUGAUAUCACACCGGCAUGGACGCCUUCAACAGACGCAACAGUGGUGACGCGACUCCUCGACGCGGGUGCGGACAUUCAUGGAACCUCUACUUGCGAAAAUUAUUGCCACUCCACGUCCUCAUAUACGAGUGCUCAGGGUACAGUUGAGAAUCCCCAUGCAGCGGGAUACUCAGCAGGAGGGAGCACAUCUGGCGGUGCAGCUUUAGUCUCUGCGGGCUUGGUUGAUGUUACGAUUGGAGGGGAUCAGGGUGGAAGCAUUCGAGUCCCUGCAGCCCUGUGUGGAUGUGUUGGACUGAAGCCUACUCAUGGCCGAGUUCCUUACACCGGCAUAUCUAGCGGAGAUGCCUUGGUUGACCAUGCCGGUCCACUCGCCCGCACUACCCGUGAAGUUGCGGCGUGUUUAGAUGCGAUUAGUGGCUAUGAUGGUAUCGACGAUCGCUCACUGGCAAGCCCCAAGCCAGGUUCUACAAAAUUUGCAGCAGCGAUUGAAGAGACUCCCGGAAGACUUGAUGGUCGAAUAAUUGGAAUUUUAAAAGAAGGCUUCGAACAUAGCGCUGUGGAUGCCAACGUCAGAGAAUCAGUCUCAAUCGCCGCCAGGAAAUUCGAAGAUCUUGGCGCCAUCGUUGAGGAAGUAUCGCUUCCAGACCACUUACACGGUCCGGCACUAUGGACUAUUCUUUCAAGAAUUGCUGGAGCACAGACACUUCUGGGUCAUAAUACUGGGCGACGGGGCCUAUGCAUGACAGAAGCGGAGCAAAGCAGGCUCCCUUGGUCCGAUGAAGGCUUCCAGCGAGCCUUCCCAUCAACGAAGAAUGUCAUUAUCAACGGCUUAUACCUGAUGUCGCGCUUCCCAAAUAUUUAUGGAAAGACAGUGAACAUUGGACGGCAAGUAAGCGACAAGUACCAAGCGCUUUUUGAAAAAUAUGAUGCUUUGGUGAUGCCCACGACUCCUGUUGUGGCACCGAAGAAUGGAAAACGGGGUCUUCCAUUGGAGUCACUCAAGCCCAGCAUGGGAUUGACGAUUAAUACUGCCAUAUUCAAUGUCACAGGCCAUCCUGCCAUGUCCAUUCCUGUCGGGUUCGCGCCAGCGAAGGACAAUGAGCAGGUUAUGUUGCCUGUUGGUAUGCAGAUUGUUGGCGGCCUGUGGCAAGAAGAGAAAAUAUUGCAAGUUGGACAUGCAUGGGAGACGAAUUUUAAUUGGAAGAAGAUGCAGCAUUCGACAAUUAAGAACCAGCGACCUCUGAAGCGA